ACGUCUACCAGCAGCGCGUGUCUACAGAAGACUUUGCGCUCGAUGAGUUGUACCAAGUCGAUCACGCACCAGAGCUUUAUCUGAAUGAAAUUUACGACGAGAAUGCGUCGAACGAAUCCUUGGCCGAAAAGUCAUUGGGGUCCACUCUCGCGCAUGUCGAUAGUGCGCGCCAACUGACAACUCUUACAG